UCAAGUAUAAUAAAUUACUCUCGUGGCAAACGUACACGUUUGCUCCUGCGACAUGGUUUCAUUCCGAGGCUCGUCAAUGAGUCGAGGAUUUGUCCAAGGUGGAAAAAUUAAAUAGUUGUGUGAUUUAUCAAAUGCUGCAAGAUUGCCUGUGCAAAGACAACGUGAAUUUAUCGUAAUCAGUGUCAACCCCACUGCUUGCCCUCAGUCCGUUGUCAGUUCAUCGAUUGAUUCUGAUGAGUAUGGUGCCGAUGACAUUCUUUUUCUGACGUGUGGAGAGAUAUAGAUUGCUGUUAUAGACAGGCAUAGAAAACUGCACCAUGUUUAGUGUGGAGAGUGUAAGUAGUGCAGAAACUUCUCGUAUGGAGGAUUACUUCGAUUAUGGGUUUUCUAGAAUACCGAUGGAAUUUGUUUUACGAAAGUCUAUGAGCUCUGGAACAAGGAUUUGAACCAAGCAAUGUGAUGGGAAGCAGGAAAGAGGCUUCGAUACAGCAGUUUCUUCAGCUGCUUGAAUCUAAGAUGGCCGAGGAAGGUCGGCGGAUGUGCAUGCGUCCUGUGCAGUUGCUUGCUUUGGCAACGAUGGCGGUACACCUAGUGGUAGCUUCGUCGUAUCAGAUCGAGAAUUCUCCAGUUAUCACUCAAGCAGAAUGCUCAGACGGGGGACGUUUUACUUUUCCAAAGCCAAUGUUAACAGCCGAUUUUUACAACCAUAGUUGCCCGGAAGCAACGACGCAGAUUUCCAACUACAUAAAAAAAUUAGUGAAAAACGAUUCUUCUCUUCCUGCUGCAUUCAUCCGGCUACAAUUCCAUGACUGCUUCGUCCGAGGCUGUGAUGCAUCGGUUUUGCUCCAUUCAAUUCCUGGCAACGAGUCAGAGCUAGAAGGAAUUCCCAACAAGAACUCCUUGAGAGGGCUUCAUCUUGUGGACCAGUUGAAAGCUGAACUCGAAGACAUCUGUCCGGGGGUUGUUUCUUGUGCUGAUCUUAUCGCGCUCAUGGCACGUGACUCACUUCAAGCAAUUGGGGGUCCCUCUUAUAGAGUUCUUCUGGGUCGGAGAGAUGGGAUGAUAUCGUUGAAAGAUGAAGCCAAUUCUCUUCCGUCGCCUUUUCAAAAUUAUUCAGCACUCUUACAUUCCUUCUCAUCUCUCGGGUUCGACUCAAAGGAGAUGGCGGUGCUUUCCGGUGCUCACUCCAUCGGGUUUUCACACUGCCGUUUCAUUGCUGGGCGUCUCUAUAAUUUCUCGAGACAGGUCGGGGCCUUCGAUCCGACAUUGGAUCCAGAAUACGCUCACCGAAUGAGGAAGAGAUGCCCACCAGAUCGGAGCGACGUCUUUUUUGCAAUGGAUCCUUCAGGAAAACAUCCGGGAAGAACUUUCGAUUCAUCGUACUUCAGGAAUUUGCUGCGCAACAGAGGUGCAUUUACGUCUGACUCGACGCUCACGAGCACUCCCGAGGGCCGAGCACAUGUGCUAGAGAUGGCUUCCCCGCAAAAUACAGUAUUUUUUGAAGCAUUUGGCAAGGCGAUGGAAAAGAUGGGCGAGCUCGGUGUUAUGACUGGCGCAGAGGGCGAGGUUCGUAAGAGGUGCACGAUUCGAAACGGAUUCUAGUCCUAGACUUGCUCACUCCUGUAUAAUACUCACUCACUUGAGCUGUUGACUCCAAAAGCGAGACAUUCAGCUCUUCAGGUCAGUCGGUCGGUCGAAUUAUAUGGAAAUCAACAGCUUUUCUGAGUUGCACCACCAAUCCCAGAUACGUAAAGUCGAAGAGUUUUGUCCCUCAGCAAUUCUCAGCUUUGAAAGCGUAAACUUGUAAUUAUCCUCCUGAGGCCACUCUGGAAUGCCAUGAGCAGUAUUAAGUACAGCUGUGCGCGAGAGAGAGAGAGAGCUUGAUAUGAGAGCCCCUCAUGAUCGGACAUUUUGCAAUGUCCAAUCAUGAGGGGCUUCUACUCAAGACUAGUCUAUCAGUAGUCUCUUAGAUAGUCAAUCCACUCAAAGGCAGGACGAUCCAUGGCUUAUAUAUGUAGAAAGACUAGUAAAGCAAUGGUUAGUGUACAGAUACAUACAUUCCCUUCGUCUCUCGAACUCCAAUAUUCUCAACAAGUUUGCUCUCAAUGAUGGAGCCGAGCCACUAACCGCGUCUGUCUCCUCGUAGUAAAGUCAUAUCCGUAUUCGUCUUCCCUUGUUCUCAUGUGCAGUGUUGGUAUGCAUCACCUUCACCUGGCGGCGGCUCUCUUCAUCCAUACUUUCCGUCACAGUCUAGACCUUUACGACACGUUCUAUUAUAUACGAAGCCCAAGGCCAACGUUGGCUUCUUAAGUCCACAACUGAUUUCGGUCAUGAGUACAGGAAUAAAGGCGACUCGUAUAUCGAAAGAACUAGUCGA